AUGUUUCGCACUGUUUGCCGGACAGGGAUGGUCGGAGAAGUUCCCGAUCUGCUUGGUUCGAUGAAGGAAGAUGGCGUCAAUUUGGACCAGACAAUGUCUAAGGUAUUGCUGGAUUCCUUAAUCCGUUUGGGUAAGUACGAUUCUGCGUUAGGAGUUUUGGAUUACAUGGAGGAAUUAGGAGAUUGCUUAAACCCAGUUUUAUAUGAUUCUGUUCUUAUUGCUCUGGUGAAGAAGAAUGAAUUGCGUCUUGCUUUGUCCAUUUUCUUUAAGCUUUUAGAAGCUUCUGAUAUCAAUAGUGAAACUGGUGGGGUUAGUGUAAGUUAUCUUCCUGGAACGAUUGCUGUGAAUAGCCGAUAUGCUGGUGGGGUUGGUAGGUCUAAGAAAAGCCGAUAUGAGAAUGGAAUUCAAAAGGGUUAUUGA